GCCUUCGCAGGCCCAGGGGCGGGUCCGCGUUCGCGUUCGCGUCGACUCGGCGGCUGCCUGCGCGAUUGCUCCUUUUAGUUAUGGUGCGGGGCCGGACCCGGGAAGAAGGCUGGAGUUUGGCUCGUUGCUGAGCGCUGGCUGCCCCAGUGCCGAGCGGGCUAUGGGCGAGCCCGAUCCCCUGGGCUCGGGGCAGCUCGCGGCCGGCCGGAGCUGGUGCUUGCGGCGGCUGGGGAUGGACCGCGAGUGGUUGCAGCUGGAGGCUGCGAGUGAGGUGACUAUAGGACGAGGAUUUGGUGUCACCUACCAGCUGAUGUCAAAGAUAUGCCCUCUGAUGAUUUCCCGGAACCACUGUGUUUUGAAGCAGAAUCCCGAGGGACAGUGGACAAUCAUGGACAACAAGAGUCUGAAUGGUGUUUGGCUGAACAGAGAGCGUCUGGCACCAUUACAGGUUUAUUGCAUCCAAAAGGGAGACCAUAUUCAGCUUGGAGUGCCCCUGGAAAGCAAGGAGAGUGCGGAGUAUGAAUACGAAGUUAUCGAGGAAGACUGGGAGAGGCUGUCUCCCCGCCUUGCCCUAAAGAACAACCAGGCUGUGGGGAGAACUAAAGACCUGAGAACUAAGAGGAAGUUCAGUCUGGAUGGAGUAGAGAGUCCCACAGCCGAGGGCCCCUCGGACCUCAAGUGCAGAGUAACUGCAGUCUCUUGUGACGCCACCGCUGAGCCAGUGAAGUCACGCGGGAAAGGUGAAGCAUCGAGCCAGCCCUCGAGGUGUCUGUGUCCCAAGGUGACUUCUCUCAAGGCAAGUGACAAGGCCACCGGGAAUCAGGCUUGCCCUACUCUUCCAAAGGUCAUCGAACUCUACCCUAAGAAGCAGAAGGCCGCCAACCCCUCAGCGUCUCAGAGCAGCCUAGAGCUGUUUAAGGUGAACAUGUCCAGGAUUCUGAAGCUGAAAACCCAGAUGUACGAGAAGCAGAUGGCUGUGCUAAGCGUGAGGAGGCAGACCCGGAAGGGCAACUUGAAGAGGAUCGUGCGGAUGGAGAAGGAGCUGCAGGACUUACAGUCUCAGCUGUGUGCAGAGCAGGCUCAGCAGCAGGCCCGAGUGGAGCAGCUGGAGAAGACGUUCCAGGAAGAGGAGCAUCACCUCCAGGGUUUGGAGACAGAGCAAGGAGAACAGGACCUGAAGCAACAGCUGGCCCAGGCUCUGCAGGAGCAUCGGGCUCUAAUGGAAGAGCUAAAUCGCAGCAAGAAGGACUUUGAGAAAAUCAUUCAAGCCAAGAACAAAGAAUUGGAGCAGACCAAGGAAGAAAAGGAGAAGGUGCAGGCCCAGAAGGAGGAAGUCCUCAGCCACGUGAACGACGUGCUGGAGAAUGAGCUGCAGUGUGUCAUUUGCUCCGAGUACUUCAUCGAGGCUGUCACCCUGAACUGUGCCCACAGUUUCUGCUCCUUCUGUAUCAGUGAAUGGAUGAAACGGAAACUAGAGUGUCCCAUUUGUCGAAAGGAUAUUGAGUCCAGAACCCACUCCCUGGUUCUGGACAAUUGCAUUAAUAAGAUGGUGGAUAAUCUGAGCUCAGAAGUGAGAGAACGCCGGAGUAUCCUUCUCAGGGAACGGAAAGGAACGUUAUACUAGCCCUGGGGUGGAGAGCAAUGCCCACCCUGAGCGGCUUCACCGGAAGAACUGCUUCCGCUGGCCUGGGCAGGCGGACAUGAGUGGAUCCUGUUAAGGAAGCGAUGUUUGGACCGAGCUUCAAGGCUUCCUGGAUGCUCAGCAGAAGACACGGGAUGCAACUUGCAGAACAGCCAAGACUGGGAGGGUCUGCUGGUGGGCGGGUAGACGGGGAAGCUUGUUUUUGUCAUCUUGCUUCCCUUUCAGAGAGGAACAGUGUCUGGAGCCAGGUUCAGUCAGGACCAGGUUGUGACCUGUGAACUGGCAUGCGUUGUCUGUGUCAGGGAGGGGACACCUAUGAGAGUUCAGUUUGUCCAGCGUGUGUCAUGUUCUAGAAGAGCCCGUGUCCUGAGUGCUCCUCCGUCUCCUCUAAUACGAUCCCUCGGUGUUGUGAUGCUAAACUGAAGCUCCUCAUGGGGGUGUGUGGUAGAGAAGGCACUGGGAAUCUGUGAGAUGGGGGCCCACCAAGCCUGUGACUUCAGCCACCUCAGCCAGCCAAGAGGAAGGCGGUCCAGAGGAACUGGCCGGGUCCUGGGCCCUGCAGAGGUCUGUCCGCUCCUCUGGAAGCCUUUCUGAUGUCACCUUGGGGGGGGGGUGGUAGCAGUCGGGUGACACCUAGCAAGUAAGUAUGAGACAGCAGGUGUGACCCCGCCCUGUCCUCGGCGUGUAGCUGUUGUCUGUAGGAAAAUGGCUCGGCAAGGGUGCCCUCAGAGAGUGCGCAGUGGCGCACUUGGAUUAUUUAUUUAUUGACGCAGAGUCUGCUAUGCAGACCAAGCUAACCUCAAACUCACAGAGAUCCCACCUGCUUCUGCCUCUGCCUCUGCCUCCCUAGUGGCACCAUGCCUAGCUAUAAGUUUUUUAUUUUUAUUUUGUUUUAUUUUUCGAG